GUUCUGACUCCAAAUUUUCUAAUUAGGGAUCACAUGGUCUUUUAGUUAAUCAUUAACCAGCCAAAUAUACCUGUGGUAUCAACCCGUUAUUGACACGGCACGGCAGGGAUUUGAAUCAGUUUUGGUAAUAUUGUAGCCCUGUGCGGGUGCUUUGAGAUAUGAAUUCCGAGGAGUUUCGCAAGCAUGGAAAAGCUAUGAUUGAUUUCAUAGCUGAUUUUCUCGAGACAAUUGAGAAAAGACGUGUUGUCCCAGACGUCAAACCGGGAUUUUUACUUCAUCAACUUCCGAACGAAGCGCCUAGCCAAAGCGAGAAUUUCGAUGCUAUUUUUGAGGAUUUUGAGAAGAAAGUUCUCCCAGGGGUUACUUUGUGGGGAAGUCCACAUUUCCAUGCUUUUUUCCCUUCAAGUAUAUCAUAUCCUGGAAUUCUCGGAGAGCUCAUGUCUGCCAGUCUUGCUGGAGUUGGAUUUAACUGGCUGUGUAAUCCAUCAUCAACAGAACUGGAGAUUAUGGUUCUUGAUUGGCUAGGUAAAAUGAUUGAUUUACCAAAGGAAUUUUUGGCUAUGACUCCUGCAAGGGAAGAUAGCAGAAGAGGAGGUGGAGUUAUACAGGGCACAGCAAGCGAGGCAACUCUAGUUGCUGUUCUUGCAGCCCGUACAGCUACUCUCACACAGCUUCAGAAUGAACACCCUGGAGUGGCGGAAGGUGUCCUCAUGAGUAAAAUGGUGGCUUAUACUUCAAAGCAUGCUCACUCGUCUGUUGAGAAAGCUGCACGCAUUGCAGGGGUUAAGCUGAGGUCAGUUGAGACAGAUGAUGCUGGAUCUCUCAGAGGGGAGCAGUUUCUAGAAUGCUUGAAGGCUGACAAAGAGGCUGGCCUUAUCCCAUUUUUUCUUUGUGCGACACUUGGUACAACCACACUGUGCUCAUAUGACAACUUGAAAGAGCUUGGGCCAUUAGCUGUCAAGGAAAAGAUGUGGCUUCAUGUAGACGCUGCGUACGCUGGCCCUGCCUUCACAUGUCCUGAGAUGAGGGCGCCCAUGCAAGGAAUUGAGCUUGCAGAUUCUUUCAACUGUAAUGCUCACAAGAUGAUGAUGACAAACUUUGAUUGCGCCCCCAUGUGGGUGAAAGACCGUGAUGCUUUAAUGAGAGCCUUCACUCUGGAAAGGAUUUACUACCCUGAUGAUGACACAGGUGUUGUUACCGAGUUUAGGAAUUGGCAGAUACCACUUGGAAGGAGAUUUCGCUCUUUGAAGCUCUGGUUCGUGAUUCGCUCUUAUGGUAUUGAGGGAAUUCAAAAAGAGAUGAGAGAGCAUGUGAGGCUCGCUAAAGUAUUUGAAGAGAUGGUCAAGCAAGAUGAUGAUUUCGAGCUUGUUGUUGACACAAACUUUGGUCUCGUGUGUUUUAGAUACAAGGGUUCAGAAGAGGAUAACAAAAACCUUGUGGAUAUACUGAAUGCAGAGGGUAAAAUUCUUGUGACUCCCGGUAUUCACAAGGGGCGCAGGUACACAAGAUUCUGCAGCAUUAUUGGGACUAAAGACUGUCACCUCCACCAAGCUUGGGAAGCAAUCACUGAGGCUAAGGCAAUCAUGUUAGGGAGGAAGAAAAGUGAAGCCACAUAACACAGGUAGUGUUUAUGUUAAAGAGAAUUUUUGGGUGUUACUUGGGUGAUUAGAUGGGUGUAUUGAUAACAAGGCAAGGUGAAGUAGUUAAAGAGAAGUUAGACCAAUAAUUAUCAUUGUUAGGGUAAGGGAUUUCUUUAUUUGGGUGAGAGAUGAUUAGGGGUUCAAUUUAGUAUGAGAAUUAGCUGAAGAAGUGUUCGAUGUUAGGGGAAUGCAUAAUUACCAUUGUUAGGGUGGGUGAUUUCUAAGAGUUGUCAUUGGUAGGGCGGGGAAUUUCUAGGAAUUUGUUUUUAUAAAGAGUGGUAUUUCUAAGAAUGGUCACUGGUAGAGUGGGGAAUUUCUGGGAAUUAUAAUUGGCAGGGUGGGAGAAUUUCUAUACUCGGGAGAAAGGUUAUUAGAGGGGUUGAUUUAUUAUGAGAAUUAGCUGAGAAUAUGUUAAUAUCAGGUGAAAGAGGCUCAAAAAUUAUCAUUGGUAGGGUGUGUUUCUUGAUUGGGGGAUUGUGAUACCUCAUAAUAAAGAUAGUGUUUAUUAAAGAUGAUUAAAGUUUCAGUAAUUGUUA